GUGACGUUCUUCCGCGUAGUCAAAAGCAUCAGCCCCGGAUGUGUCAUGGCGUCCAAUUAUGUGCCUGACGUUCUAGUGCUCUUAUGGUCCCGAUAGACUUUAUUAUAGGCUAUAAUAUACGUGAAUUUUCUGACCAUACAGUUCUCCAUUGGCCUAGUAUUAAUGGUAAUGCAUGCAAGGAAACUUCCAAGGCUCAGCGAUGGGUAUUUUGACAGAACUCAGGCCCAUCCGUACGAGAACUCGAGCAAGUACAGCUCAAAGUCCAACCUUGGUAGUCGAUACAACGACAAAGUGCGCGAAUCACCGUCAAAUGGUAGCCACAGCCGGAUGGGCAGCCCCGACAGCCGGCACUACCACAAGUCAUCAUCAUACAACCAGAGGCUCAAAGAUCGGGACAAAGACCACGACAGAGGGUACAUUAGGUACGUUCACGAAAGCAAGUACAAGAAUUCCUCAUCAGGGUCAAGCAAGGAUCGAUUCAGCAAGAACAGCUCAUUUGGCAGCAGUUCAAGCACCAGUGCAAAAGAUGUGCACGUGUCCAAGCCUCGGCCAGCGGACGCAACUACCCAUCGUACCAAUCACGAGAGAAGCCAUGUUGAGGUGCAGCUGCAACAAGAGCCACAACAGGAGCAGCAGUUCCAACAGCAGCUGGGGGACAGUAAGGACAGGCGCCAGCAGGUGGGUGACUGGUCGGAACAUGUCAGCUCAUCUGGGAAGAAGUACUACUACAACUGCAGGACUGAGGUGUCUCAGUGGGAGAAGCCCAAGGAGUGGAUCGAUUGGGAAAAACAACAGCCUGGUGGGAGCAGCAAUAGCAGUGGAGCCAACCAGUCUCUGGCAUCCACACCAAGCGACCCAGGCGGGGGGCGGCCAAAGUCGCGGACACAGCAAAGGACGCCCACUUCAGUGGCUUCCCCAGCACCCACAACAGCAUCAGGCACUACCACAGCUACUGUCACUACUUCCAGCAGCAGCAACAACCAGCAGAACGAGAAGCAUUCCACUGGCAGCAGCAGUAGCAGUAGUAGUAGCAGCAGCAGCAGCAGCAGUAGCAGUACCAACUCUGUGGUGUCUAGCUCUACUCGAGCUUAUCAGCAGCCAGCGAAAAGACAACAGAACGACACCCGAAGGUGUUUGCAGCAAUGCAGUGUGGAUCCUCGGAAAGAUGCGCAGACACAAGACAUGGACAUUUCUCCACCAGGGGGAGGUGGGAACACUCCAAACAGUACACCGGAUGCAGCCCGCACAGCAUCCACGAUGCUUCUACCACAGUCGCCAGUGACACUUGCCCAGCUGCCCAAGAUGAUGUCGCAGCUGGCUGGCACCCGUGGACUCCCCAAGCUGGAUGACAUGUCACCGCAGGAAGCAUUUAGAACCAUACAGCAAGCUAUCCAGCUGACAAAACAGGCACAAAGUACGGCUCAGGUGGAAUCAACCAAGGAGGCUGCCUGUUCAUCACCCUACCAGGUCGUGCAUCCUGGCCGCAGCCUACCACCCCUGCAGCAGCAACUGGUGCCAGCUGACAAGCUCCUGGUGGAGGCAGACCGACGUGGUGCUUCACCUGGCUCUGACUACAGUGCUCACUCGGCCAGGAGAGACAGCCCAACCUCCAGUGUGAGCAGUCUGCACAGCCUCAGCGGCACCACGGCCGCGCUUGUUGUAUCUGCAGUGCCCAAGCCCUCGGCUCCCAGCCUGACCCCAUCAUUGGCCAACUACUACAACGAGUCACUCAUCGAGCAUGUCACAGGCUGGCAGGCCGACCAUGCCGAGCGACAGGCAAAUCGGUACAGCGAAGAAGCGCACAGCUUAGGAAGUUUAAACUGCACACGAGUUUCGGCUGACCUCAAAAUGGCCCGCUCUCUGGUCAGAUUGUCUGAAAUUCAAGCAACAGUACAAGAACAGAGGUCCCUAUUUUUACGACAACUAAUUAAGGAGCUGGAAGAGCUGAAAAGCCAGGUGAACUUUAUGUCUGACUCAUAGUGAGUUUAGGUUUAAGGAACCAAGUUGCCACAUGGAGCACCGCCGGCCGGACCCGGCGUCCUGGUGUAGCAGCCUGCCGAGCCUUUUUUACACAAUGCCCGGUUUCAAGCAGCGCACCCUUCCCGACCAGUCCUGCGGUCGGCAUGCUUGCCAUUUUGCCGAGUUUGUCAUCGUUGGUCACGAGUGCCGAGUUUUGUACAUAACGCACUUGACGGGAGAAUGUUCUCAAAUAAAGAUGAGCCUCGUGGCUGUAUGCACGGUGAAUAGCCACUCGGUGAUGCAAAGAGUGGACGUGCAUAGCCUUCCGUGUGCCUUGCACGCCUGUGGAUGUUUUGGUAAUUUUGACAAAAGGCUGGUGCAUCUGUCUGGCUGCCACGUGUGUGUUGUACAUAUAACGCGCAACCCCGGUCAUGCAUGACCACUCUCCUGGGUUUCUUUGUAUCCUUUGUUGUAUAUUUCGAUAGCAUUUUGAAAAGGGGUUUCAGCCCUUGGCCGAAAGAAGCACUUGCAGUGUACAUAACAUCUGUCUUUGCUCUGUGUGUUUUUUCAUCACUGCGCAUUGGGGUAACUGUACUACAUGGUUUUUCAUACUAGAGUUAUGCGGUCGAAGGAAUGGACAUUUAAUAAACUGAUGUGUGCAAUGCUUUCUCAA